AUGAAAAGCAUUAAUAUUGGUUGUUUAGUUGAUUCCUCUGUUGGUAUUGUUAAGUUUAUCAACACAGUAACAAGAAAUACUAUUAACCCAUAUUAUUAUCAUGCUUUGUCCGGUCCAAUGAAAUAUAAUUUCGUUCAGUACGAUCAAACAAAGGAAAAUGAUUACGCAAUUGUUUUGCUUGUUGUUGAUCCAUCACGGCCUUUGACUAAACAAGAAGAACAAAAUAUUUUAAAUAAAUUGCCUCAAAAUGCUCCAAGAGCUGUUGUAACGAUUAAUCAAUCUGAUGCAAGCAUUGGUAUCAUGAAAGAUAUUGACCCAUUGUUUUCGAUUACAAUCAAUACAAAUACUUUUGAUGGUGUCGAUAUGUUAUUGUACCAAAUUGCUCAGUAUACGAUGAAGGAUCCAAACGUAAUUUAUGAUAUGCCUCAUAUUCUCGAUAAGUUUGAAAAAUAUCUCGCAUUGAUUGAUCUUAACCGUGUUAUUUCGUUCACUCCGGCUACAAAUACACAGGUAUGCAAAGAUGCAACUGCAAGCUUCAAGAUCCCAAGCAGCGAAGCAUCAUACAAGCGGGAAGAUUUCGAUAAUAGAAAUGGCUACCAAUUCGGAAAAUUACAGUAUCACUGGAUUGCUUUCAAGGGUAAAAUCGCAUUACCACCUUCAUACGACCCUAAAAAGCAUGUUAUCCGCGCAAAGUUUGGAAUUGACAAAAAUUAUUUAGAAGAUACAAACGAUGACAACAAUCCAGUCGGUCCAGAAGGACGAAUCUGGCUCAAUGGUCAGCCUCUUGGUGCAGUAGAUAGCUUCCAUGAUUCACAUGUCAUCACAGAAGGCGGAGAAAUGGAAGUUAGAAUCUUCACAGGUCGUUGCUGGACCAACCACCAUCUUUCUCAAUUCGGCGUCGAAAUUACUGAAAGAAAUACAGAAGCAAUUUACUAUCGUCUUAAAUUCCUCGACAGAGUCAUCGACAAGCUCUCAGAUUCGAAUCCAGACAAGAUCAGAUUAAUCCGUACUGUUGAUGCAGCUGUUCGUUCUCUCGACGUUCAUGAUUCAUACGAAAAUGGAAUGUGGGACAUUAGAAUUCAUGAUCCCAAUUCUACUGCAUUCUAUGCAUCAGUACCUCAAUGCCUUGAAAUUCUCAGGAGCAUUGCUUACAUGCGUCCUUCGAAUGCCAAUGAUGAUCAUUUUUCAAUUUCAAUGAUCGGAUACAACCAUCUUGAUACUGUCUGGCAGUGGCCAUACGCAAUUUCCCACUUCAAGUCGGCAAAUACCAUCACUUCCAUGCUCCAUUUGAUCGAAAAUCCGCCAGAUGAGUUCAAAGACCCAGUCAAAUGGCAAUAUCUCGCAACAGCAAGCCAACACUACAAAUGGCUUAAGGAAGACGACCCCGAUUUAUUCGAGCGCGUUAAAUCAAUGGCGAAUGACAAAAAGAGAUGGAUUGUUGAUGGUGUUUCAUGGUUGGAACACGAAUGUGUUGUCUUAAAUGGCGAAUCUAUGAUCAGACAAAUGCUCUACGGAGAGAAAUUUUUCACAGAAAAUCUAAAUGCAGAGCAAACAUGCUUAUUCCUUCCAGAUUGCUUCGGUUUCAGUGCUGCAUUACCUCAAGUAUUGCAAGGAUUCGGUAUUGACGCGUUCAUCACCUCAAAGAUUUCAUGGAGUGAAUAUAAUGACUUCCCUUACCACACAUUCGUAUGGAAAGGCAAUGAUGGCAGCGAAGUAUUGAGCCAUUUCAUUUCCGAUCCAGCUUCCUGGAAUCCAAAGGUUUCAAUGUACACAGGAACCGCCACAGUUAGCGAAUUACUCGGAACGUACCAAUCCUACAAGCAGAGAGACAUCUGUCCGCACUCAGCAUUGACAACAGUCGGAAACGGUGACGGCGGAGGGGGAUUAACAGAAGAAAUGAUUUGGAAUCUCAAUUUAUUGAAUGAGUUCCCUCAAAUUUCUCAAGUUCCUAAAGUACAGUUCCCAACACUUAAAUCCUUGUUUGAAGAGAUCAGACAGCAGAAGAACUUAUUACCUGUUUGGGAUGGCGAACUUUAUUUGGAAUACCACAGAGGUACACAAACAACCAUGGAAGAGACUAAAAGACAAGUACAAGACAACAAUGUACAAGAGGACAUUGGAUGA